ACUAAACGUCAGGUUAUUUGUCAAAUAUUAUAUAUUUGUUAUAUUUUUAAAAGAAAAACGGUCGCUAUUUUUUAGAUUCAAUUUAGAAAUAAAAAAAUGUUAAUUCCGGAUCAAAAAUAUGCAUAAUACAAAACCUAAAGUUACAGUUAAUGACGAUUAUAUUGAUUUAAGAAAUUUUGAUGAAAAUCAUGCAAGAAACAGAGGAAAUUCCAUGUCCCGUAAAUCUCCAAACAGAAAAAAUAAAUUAUCUAUUAAGUCUCUGUAUUUAAAGGACGAACAUUUGCAGAAGGAUAAGGAUUCUGAUCAUUUUAGGUUAAUAAAUCAUGGUCUAAAGAACUUGGUGACGACAUACAAUAAAACCAAGACCCGGUUGGAAAAAAUUAACCAGCCACGAAGAAUACCCUGUUUAAAUAAAAAGUUACCAAGCGAGAUUAGAUAUAAAAGUUGCUUAGAAAAACCGACAGAUGACCAGCAUAGUUUCAAGUCAAAAUCUGAUACUUCGCUGAAUCGGGAUAAAAUACCAAUACGAAAUGUAUCAUCCAGUGCUCCUAUCUCUUUAAGCAAAAACGUAAUAUAUUCAAAUCCAGAAAAAGUAGAGCCAUUUAGAAAUAAAUUUACCAUGACGGGAAAUGAAGAUCUGAACGAUAAAAUACGAGUUCUGACACCAAGUAAGCGUAAGCCGAAACUCCAUAGCAGAUCUAAAUCAAGCGAUUGUGAAAUUAGAGAUACAACAAAAUGUGUGGUACAAACUCCUUACCAAAAUGGACGCAAAUCAAACGAUUGCUUGAACAGACCUAUAGAUCCACGAUUAAAAGAAAAAUAUUCCAUCUUGCACAUACCAUGCGUGAAGAGAUCGUGGUCGAUUCCAAUUUUUUCAAGUAAAACUAGUUUACAUGGUAAUAAAUGCAAUGACAAUGUCGACAGACAGACUUAUUUAUACGACGAUGGUAGUGAGAUAGAGUCUACAUACCUUUCGCAAAAAACAAAUUUUAAUAAAGAAUGUCCCAGAGAAUUCACAGUCAUUCUGUUUACAAUGGGAGCAGUCUGUGGAAUCUUGUUAGCUUCCCUACUAAUUUAUAUAAUAUUUGGUAAUGACAUACUUCAUGUCUUUUUCAAGCAAAGGGAACCCCCGGACGCAUCUAUAAAGUCAUACGUUAAGUACGUUGGAGGAGGCCUAAUAUACAUUAUAACACGAUUCUUUAAAGUUAUGGGAGAAGUUUUGUCUAUACCUGUAAACAAACAAGAGGAUUAUUUGGGAACUUAAUGGAUAAAAUUCAUACGACUUACGGGUGAAGAAAGGCCAAAAUCUAUUUAAAUCCAUGAAAUAUGAAGCCAUGAAUAUCUGUCUUAGUAAUUAAACAAUUAUUAUAGUAUGAUUUAAAACAUUAAAAAAUGCAGAACUGUAC